UUUUAUUAUUGAUAUUACUGGUCUUCUUCUUGCAAUUAUCACCAUCAUUAUUAAUAUUGAAAUAACUUGUAAUUAUCGCCAUCAUUAUCAAUAUUAACAUAAUUGUCAUUAAAACAAAUAUUUUUCCUCUUUCCACAAUUUAUUUUCUACUUUUGCUUUAUAAAACGCCCUGUACCUGUGUUCGUCGCCAUGCGUCAUUGUGCCAGGUGAAGUAGAUAUCGCUCAUUUUAUUCACUCUAAGAACCUAAGAAGGAAUUUACAUAAUAAUUGGCAAAAUCGAAGCGUCGUAGAAGUAUGAAACGAUAAUGAAGACGAGAGCCACAAGGGUGCCAAACACCAGGUGCGGGAUAUACGAGUAUAUAUUGCGGUAGAUGCCAACUACAUCUGAGUGAGUGGUAGGCAGUCAUGGGGCGAAAAGAUGUUCUCUUCCUCUUCGUGGGGCUCCUACUCAUCCUCGCAGGCGUGGGUGCUCAGCGAUGUGAUGUGAUCAGUAUCGUCGAGAAGUCCAGUAACAGUUAUGCCGCAAAAUUCACAUCUCAGACCGAGUUUCCCUUCGUUGGCGUCAACGUCGUGUUCACCUUUGACCAUCCCGUGACCUCCGUAACCAACCACAACGGCAAGUCCGAGAUGAUAGACGACAUGCACGUCAGGAUGACUGACGAGUACCUCUUCGUGGAGACUGGCGUCUUCGUGCACUUUAGCUUUGAGGUGUUCCACUCCGGCGACACUCAGCCAGAAGUUAUUGCCGUGGACCUGAACGGACAGGACGCCUGUGACGGUUCCAUUACGUGGACAACGGACAUCCCCUUCAUCAACCCAUGCGAGGAAACUGGAAUGGCACCCUACGACUAUGCUCAGGCACUGUGCAUGUCUUUCUUGUUCUACGAGGCACAGCGCUCAGGAGUCCUGCCGCCCGAUCAGCGCGUCAAGCCCUGGAGAUGGGACUCCGCCCUCAACGACGGUGCAGACGUGGGUCACGAUCUGACUGGAGGCUACUACGACGGCGGUGACCACGUCAAGUUUGGCUUUCCGAUGGCGGCGACCACAACCUUGCUUGCGUGGGGACUCAUCGACUUCCCAAUGGGUUAUGAACAGACAGGUCAGACGGAGUACGCCAGAGCGGCGGUGAAGUGGGCCACGGACUACUUCCUCAAGGCACACACUGCUGAGUAUGAGCUUUAUGGACAGGUCGGUAAAGGAUUGGUAGACCACGCUUUCUGGUGUCGCCCCGAGGACAUGCUGAUGGAGAGGCCUGCGUAUAAAAUCGACCGAGAACAUCCUGGCACGGAGCUUGCUUGCGAGACAGCCGCCGCCCUCGCCGCAGCUUCCAUUGUAUUCAAGGGUGUGGAUGACAAGUACUCCGAGGAGCUCCUCGAAGUGGCCAGGGAACUAUAUGCAUUUGGCGACGAGUACCGCCUCGAGUAUCACCUUUCCAUCACUGACGUCACGGAUUUCUACAAAUCAUUUAACGGGUACGGAGACGAGUUGCUCUGGGGAGCACUUUGGAUGUACCGCGCCACAGGGGAAGAAGUCUACCUCAGUAAGGCCCAGGAGGUGUGGGAUGAGUUCGGCUUCGACGAAGAAAUCGGCGGGUUUGGUUGGGACGACAAGAGCGCAGGUGCUUAUGCUCUCGGCUCAAUGAUGGGCGUCGAGAACCCUCAGUACACGGCUUCCCUCAACGAGUAUUUGAGGCACGUUAAGGAAGACUUCCCAUACACCCCUGGCGGUCUGGUCUUCCUCGGCAUGUGGGGAUCCAAUCGACACGCUGCCAACGCUGCCUUCCUGGCACUCUGGGCGGCCAAAUACGGUGAUCCCAACGAACGGGAGAGCCACGUGGUGUGGGCUGCCAGCCAGAUCGACUUCAUCCUCGGAAGCUCCGGUCACUCCUUCGUGGUGGGCUUCGGUGUUGACCCGCCGAUACGUGCACACCACCGUGGCAGCUCGUGUCCCAAUCCCCCUGACUCGUGUGCCCAAAAUAACUGGGGAUACGAACAACCAGGACCCAACCCACACGUCCUGCACGGCGCCAUUGUGGGCGGCCCCGCGGAGGACGGCACCUGGCAGGACGACCGCAGCGACUAUGUGCGCAACGAGGUGGCGUGUGACUACAACGCCGCCUACACGGGCGCACUGGUAGCCAUCAUUGAGAUGAAGAAUUAAAUCAUUCUCUCUCUCUCUCUCUCUCAUUACUUCAUAUAUGAAACUGACAGUUUUCUGAGCAAUAACAAUCUGUAUAACACCAGCAUUGUGUUUACAAAAAUAAAAUGACUAAACUA